UCUAUACUAAUUCCAUAAUCAACAAGACGCUAAUAGUAAUAUUAUCUCAUCCUCCGUCUCGUUUUCCCAUUCACCUACCCCAUUAAUUAGAGAAUGACUACGAAUCUCGGUUUAAGCAUCAUCAUCACCCUAAUAACGCUUUUUAUAAGUUUAACCCCAACCUUAACCAAGUCAGAGGAAGGCAUUGAUGUCUUCCUACCCAUAACACUCAACCUCACCGUCCUAACCGAUCCCUUCUCCAUCUCCGCCGCUUCUCAUGACUUUGGUAACAUAACCGACGAAAGUCCCGGCGCCGUCCUCUGCCCUUCCUCACCCACCGAGGUGGCCCGUCUCCUCGGUUUCGCUAACGGAGGAUUCUCUUACAACGGCGUCUCAACCAUCCCCGAGCCUACUUUCAAAGUGGCUGCUCGGGGACAAGGCCACUCCCUUCGUGGUCAAGCCUCCGCACCUGGCGGCAUCGUCGUCAACAUGACGUGUCUUGCCAUGGCGGCUAAACCAGCAGCAGUUGUAGUCUCAGCAGACGGGACUUACGCUGACGUGGCUGCCGGGACGAUGUGGGUGGAUGUUUUGAAAGCGGCGGUGGAGAGAGGCGUCUCACCGGUUACUUGGACGGAUUAUUUGUAUCUCAGCGUUGGCGGGACGUUAUCCAACGCUGGAAUCGGCGGUCAGACGUUUAGACACGGCCCUCAGAUUAGUAACGUUCAUGAGCUGGACGUCAUUACCGGAAAAGGCAAAAUGAUGACUUGCUCACCGAAGUUAAACCCCGAAUUGUUCUAUGGAGUUUUAGGAGGUUUGGGUCAAUUUGGUAUUAUUACGAGGGCCAGAAUUGCUUUGGGUCAUGCACCCACAAGGGUGAAAUGGUCUCGCAUACUCUACAGUGACUUCUCGGCUUUUAAAAGGGACCAAGAGCGUUUAAUAUCAAUGACCAAUGAUCUUGGAGUUGACUUUUUGGAAGGUCAACUGAUGAUGUCCAACGGCAUCGUAGACACCUCUUUUUUCCCACUCUCCGAUCAAACAAGAGUUGCAUCUCUUGUCAAUGACCAUCGUAUCAUCUAUGUUCUCGAAGUAGCCAAGUAUUAUGAUAGCACGACCCUUCCCAUCAUUGGCCAGGUGAUGGACAUGUUAUCUAGAACUCUAGGUUUUGCUCCCGGUUUCAUGUUCAUACAGGAUGUUCCUUAUUUCGAUUUCUUGAACCGUGUCCGAAACGAAGAAGAGAAACUCAGAUCUUUAGGGCUAUGGGAAGUUCCUCAUCCAUGGCUAAAUAUUUUUGUCCCGGAAUCUCGAAUUCAAGAUUUUCACGAUGGUGUUAUCAAUGGCCUUCUUCUCAACCAAACCGCAACUGCUGGUGUUACUCUCUUCUAUCCCACAAACCGAAACAAAUGGAACGACCGCAUGUCAACGAUGUCACCGGACGAAGACGUUUUUUAUGUGAUCGGAUUACUGCAGUCAGCUGGUGGAUCUCAAAAUUGGCAAGAACUCGAAAACCUCAACGACAAGAUAAUUCAGUUUUGUGAAAACUCGGGAAUUAAGAUUAAAGAAUAUUUGAUGCAUUAUAUAAGAAAAGAAGAUUGGGUUAAGCAUUUUGGACCAAAGUGGGAUGAUUUCUUGAGGAGGAAAAUUAUGUUUGAUCCCAAAAGACUAUUGUCUCCGGGACAAGACAUCUUUAAUUAACUUGUUUACAUGUAUCUUCUUAUUAUGUAACUUUAGAACGUGUCUUUAACAUGCACAGCCAAGGGACAAGUAAGCUCAUCGUCUAACUAAUAAGUACUAAAUAGCUUAGUCAUUUUGGGUUAGGCAUCUUACUCUACUUGUAUUUUUUUCCUCUUAAUUUUUAUGUCCAUGUCUUUAAUAUUUUCGUUUUCGUAUGAAAUAUGUUGCUAGUCAAAAGCAAAGAAAAAAAAAAUACAUAUUGUAGCC